AUGCGCGGUGGGCGCGGCUUGCUGGCGCCGGAGGCAGCGCGCGGAGCCUGCGCCGCGGGACGCGGAGCGGGCCCGGUGGUCGGCGCCCUGCGGGUCAGUCUCGGCGUCGCGCCCUCCUCCUCCGCCUCUUCUUCCUCCUCCUCGCCGCCGCAGCUGGCGCUGCUCGUGAUGCAGCCGUGCGGCGGCGAGGAGGAGGCAGCGGCGGGGGGGGUGCUGCCUCUCCCGGUCGCCGACCCUUCGCUGCCGCCCUCCAGUAGCGGCGGCCUCAUGUUAUUCUAUGAGCUGGGGGUGCCUGGCGAAGGCGAGGCCGAGGCCGAGGCCGGGGAGGAGGCCGAGGCGGCGGGCGGCGAGAGCACGGCCAGCCCAGAAGAGCUGGAGGAAGAGGAGGCGACGGCGGCGGCUUCGAGCUGCGAAACUGCGGCGGCACCGGCGGGCGGCAGCGGCUGCAAGAGCUGCACCUACCAAGGCUGCAGCGAGACCACCACGCAGGUGGUGAAGCAGCGCAAGCCCUGGAUGUGCAAGCGCCACCGCAACAAGAUCUACAAGGAUAAGUACAAGCGCAAGAAGAGCGACCAGGCCCUUGGGGGCGGCGGGGCGGCCGCGGCGGGGGCCGGCCCGCGGGCCGAGGAUAGUGUUGAAGGUUCUGUUUCUGUUACAAAACAGAGAACAGGAUCCAUUGGAGAUCGCCCAGCAAGACCUACUCUUUUAGAACAAGUAUUGAAUAAAAAGAGACUGUCCCUACUCAGAAGCCCAGAAGUAGUGCAGUUUCUACAGAAGCAACAGCAGCUGUUAAGUCAGCAGGCUUUGGAACAGAGGCAGCAACAGUUUCAAGGAGCACCUGGGUAAUCAGAACAGAUCAAUGCCUGCAAAUGAGUCUGGUGCUGAAAGAGGAAUAGGAUGUGUGUUUUAUAGAAAUACAAAGACUCUUGAUGUUUAAGGGAAAGCGGAAGUUGCUGCUGUUAUGUAUUUUACUUGUCUCUUGUUCGCACUUUUGAGGUGUGGAGCUGCUUAGGUGUCUGCAAACUUGUGAGCAAAUCUGGAGGAGUCUAUUUUUGCUUCUUUUUAAAAUUAAUUUUAUUGUUUAGGAUUUUAAUAGAAAUUUGUUUGUAUCAGUAACGUUUAGCUGUACACCCUUUUCCUACCAAAGUCUUCCACUAUAUCAACAUCCUUCUAUAUAAGGAUUUACUGUUAAACAAGUCACUCUUUGAUGACAAUCAUUGAAGGAAGUCAAUUACUUUCUAUGGAAGUUGUGAAAUAAAGUCCUGAAUCUGAGCUGGUCCAGUGGCAUGACCUAACAGCAAUUGCUCAGGGAUAUGGCAAAGUUUAGUGCAUAAUUAAUUUUGCUGGACAUAAGGCAAGGACAAGAUGCCAUCCAGAAGUUGAUCCAUUGGCUCAGAGAAGUGUAAAUCAGGUCAUCCUCCUACUAUAUAUUCAUUAUGUACAAGUUAACUAGGUUUGAAAUCAUUGUCUGUGCAAACCAUGUGAAAGAAUUUGUGGUUAAAAGUUCCCAAAAAGGUAAAUGGCAAAAAACUUAGAAGAAUUAGGUGGGAUGUAUGCAGCUGAAAGUUGGACCUUGUUUUGUGGAUUUUUUUUGCAAGGACCAACCUCUUAUUGCAUGAAAUAUAACUUAGUUACAGAUGAGAAUAUCACUCAUUUUUUAGUGAUAAGUUAAAAUCUAAAGCUUUUCACUCAGAAUAGCAAGUGCAUCCAAACCCUAAAAUGUAAUUCUUUUUUUUUUUUUCUUUAUGUAGCCCAUUUCUUCUGAAAAUAUAGUUAAAAUUGUCCUAUUAAGACAACCAGUAUCUCAUCAGCUCUAGUGCUAGACUUCCCAGGUCUUCAGCCAAUUCAGGUUAUUCUGUAAAUGGUGGGUUUGAAACUACAGACACUAUUAUGUAAGUGUUGAAUCCCACCUUUUGUUUCAAAAGUGAAAGUUUCAUAUUAAACCACAUUUCUGAAUAGAGGUUAUCUGAAUGGCAUAGGUGCUUAUUGAAGUACUACUUUGAUAUUGCAGCAGUUCAGUCUGCUAAAUGAUAUAUUUUCAGGAGUAUUUGUUAGUCUUAUAUAUUUUUACAAGCUGUGCUUUGUGUUUGUAUAGAACUUGUUCAGUAACAAUUUAUUGUAUUUAGCAUUGUGCAAGUUGUUCUUUAAAAAAGAAAAACUUUGUAUCGACCAUUCUGGACCAAUAACUGCUUGAGUAAAAUCUUUGAUUUUCUUUAAAAAACAAA